AUGUGUCCGGUGCGCUUUGUUUUCUCCCUGGAAUGUGCUGAUUCGACUCUUAUGGGCGCCUUUGCACCCCCCUCGGCGGCCACAUUCCUGCGUUUGUCUGUGUCAGAGAAGCAACAAGAAUGGAUUCACAGAGGCUGCAGCGCUGGCAGCAGCGGAUCUCCCUGGAGCUGGAGGCGGUGGUGAAUUUCUGGCUCCGGCAUUCGCAUGAUGAAAAAUAUGGGGGGUUCUUUACAUGUCUGGGCCAAAAUGGACACGUUUAUGAUGACUUGAAAUAUGUCUGGUUACAGGGGCGACAGGUAUGGAUGUACAGUCGGUUGUAUCGAACUGUACCGAAGUUCCACCGCCCCGAAGUCCUACAAGCAGCUCAAGCAGGUGGGGAGUUCCUGUUACGGCAUGCACGCGUGGCCCCACCUUCCCAGAAAUGUGCCUUUGUCUUGACCCGUGAUGGUCAUCCUGUGAAAAUCCAACGCACCAUCUUCAGUGAGUGCUUUUAUGUGCUCGGGUUGGAUGAGCUUGGGCGAGCAACAGGAGAGGUCCGUUACCAGGAGGAAGCCCUGAAGAUGAUGGAGGCCAUUGUGCGCUGGGUGCGGGAGGAUCCUUCUGAGCUCGGUCGUCCACAGCUGACGGGCGCUACCCCUCAUGAUGCCAUGGCUGUUCCAAUGAUGCUCCUGAAUCUGGUGGAUCAGCUCUCGGAAGGCGAUGCCAAGAUGGCCAGCCGAUUUGCUGAGCUUGGGAGCUGGUCAGCUCAGCGAAUUCUCCUGCACGUGCAGAGGAACGGCACGGCUGUGCUGGAGAAUGUUUCUGAAGACGGCAGAGAGCUGCCAGGGUGCAUGGGAAGACAGCAGAAUCCUGGUCAUGCCAUCGAAGCUGGCUGGUUCCUGCUCCGUCAUGCCCAGCGCCAGCGUGACUCGGCCCUCGUCUCCCAGGCUGUGGAGAAGUUCAUGAAACAGCCAUUCCAUUCUGGCUGGGACCCUGAGCAUGGGGGGCUCUUUGCCUUCCAAGAUGUUGAUGGGCUGUGCCCUACUCAGCUAGAGUGGAGAAUGAAGCUUUGGUGGCCACACACGGAAGCCAUGGUUGCUUUCCUGAUGGGCUUCGCUGAGACUCGGGACCCAGAGCUCCUGGAACUGUUUGACAAGGUAGCUGAAUACACUUUUGCCAAGUUCAGGGAUCCAGAGCCAGGGGAAUGGUUUGGCUACCUGACCCAGGAAGGUAGCGUGGCGCUCUCGAUCAAAGGAGGACCGUUCAAAGGCUGUUUCCAUGUGCCCCGUGCUCUGCAUAUGUGCAAGGAGAUUCUGGAUUCACUCAUAAUGGAGGUGAAAUCUAUCAAUCAGGAAUGAAAUGAUCGCCUGAAUCGAGGGGCAGAUCUCUUCCAUCUGAGCGGAAUAUGGGCCUUAACUCCAGUCCCCCCUUGCCCAGUCUCCAGAGAAGCCCCGAGGAACACUCCCUGCUAUCCACUGGAUGCUCUGAACCGUCAGCUUUCACCUGUGGCCAGGCUGAACCUGGCAGUCUUAUUUGAAAGAAACUUGCUGUGACCACGAGGCUCUGGCUGAGUUUCUUUGAGGGGCAACUCACUGGAAUAACAGUAUUUGUAUCUGCCAGAUUUUGAAAAGGUGGGAUAAUUUUUGUGCUCCACUCCCUGCUCAAGGGAGUUUUUGGUGGUUCCUUGUCACUGACUCACUGCCUACCGGUGACCCUUAUUUCUUGAAUCUCAAAAGAGAUAUACGUACUACGAAAUCAAUAAAAACAUGUAUACAGUGAAGGGAAAUCAAAUUGUGGUAUCUACAGUUUGGGCUGCUUUUCCUGUUUAGUAAUAGGGAAAGAUUUGGAGUGCAGAGUUCUGAGAAAGGCUUACUUCUCAGCGCUUAGCCACAUUACGAUGUUCUCUGCCUUUUAAAUUGCUUUUUCUUUUGCAGCAGGAAAUACCAGUGAUCCUUUCUUAAGAUGGAGAACUGCUUGGUAAGAAGGAAAUUUUAGCCCUUUCUUCUCUUGCUGUUCUCUUGCUGGAAAAAGCCACUCUUGAGCUCAUUUUUUUUCCUGAUAAGGAAACUUACAGAUACCUAUAUUCCUCCCCCUCUGCACUCCAAGACAUGUCAAAAACAGCUUAGAGGUGGCUUUUUUCUAGUGAAAAAAUGACAUGGACGGAAAGGAUUAGUUUCCUUUUGUCCCCUCCUUAUUAAAGCAAUACUUGUAACCAGGGCUUUUUUUCUGGGAAAAGAGGUGGUGGAACUCAGUGGUGGAACUCAGGACCACAGAAUGACGUCACUUUGGGUCAGCUGGAACAA